GCUUAGGGCGGAGCAGCAACAUGGCGGCCCCCGGAGCUGGUGACCCUCUGGAUGCUAAGAGUGGAAAUGCCCCAUUCGCUCAGCGCAUUGACCCAUCGCGGGAGAAAUUGACCCCUGCGCAGCUGCAGUUUAUGCGCCAGGUACAACUAGCCCAGUGGCAGAAAACCCUGCCACAGCGGCGGACCCGGAACAUCGUGACCGGCCUGGGCAUCGGAGCCCUGGUGUUAGCUAUUUAUGGUUACACCUUCUACUCAGUGGCCCAGGAGCGUUUCCUUGAUGAGCUGGAAGAUGAAGCCAAAGCUGCCCGAGCCCGCGCUCUUGAGAGAGAGCGAGCAUCAGGACCCUAACUGUACGGACCAUCUUCAAACUGCUGGAGCCCCCCGUACAUGUUGAAUGAUGCCUGGUGGUCUCACAGCAUCACUGGCAUAGUAACUUCGGACUAUGAUUGAACCCAAGAAGCCACAGACUAUGUAUUUGGCUACUGCCAAGGGGAGAUUGCUCACAUCACAUGCAGUUUGUACAUUUACUCAACCCCUUUUUAUUUCCUUGUUUGAGAGGUAUGCGCGACCUUGCCUUUCCCCAAACUCUGUGGUUUACCUCUUCACCUCCCAGGGGCCCAAUGUUAAGGGGGAGGGUGUGGCCUAACUGCAGAGUUGGAACCUAAAGUGGGAAAGAUAGGGUCAAGUAAAGAGUAAUAAAAUGAGUCAUCUCUCCCAU